AAAUAAAAAAACGCAACCAUUACUGAUUACUCCUUCCACCGUAGACGUCAAAAACUCGAUUGUCAGAACGAGAAAUCAAAGGAACCCUAAUUUGAAGACAGAACUAUGGCGAUUGCUAGAACUGGAGCCUACGUUGAUGAUUAUUUAGAGUAUUCGAGCACAUUACCAGCAGAGCUGCAGAGGCUUCUGAACACCAUGAGAGAACUCGAUGAAAGAUCCUUAGCAAUGAUAAAUCAGACGAGAGAACAGACUGAAUACUGCUUGGGAAUGCAUUCUCAAAGCUCAAAAAGGGGGAACUACGAUGAAGACGAAACGUUUGAGAAGAUGCGGAAGGAAAUCGAGGCAAACCAGGACAGUGCCUUGAGCCUCUGCACUGAGAAGGUCCUGUUAGCAAAGCAAGCUUAUGACCUCAUAGAUAGCCAUGUGAAACGGCUUGAUGAAGAUCUCAACAACUUUGCAGAAGAUCUAAAGCAAGAGGGUAAAAUAUCACUUGAUGAACCGGCUAUCCUUCCUCCAUUACCUAUAGUCCCAAAAGAUGAGAAACGAAAAUCCUUCUUUGGGACACCAAAAUCAAAUAGGCUUGAUUAUAGGGACCGUGAUUGGGACCGGGAACGUGAUAAGGAUUUUGAGCUGAUGCCUCCUCCACGCAGUCACAAGAAAAAUGUUCCUGCUCCAGUUGAUGUUGAUCAACCCAUUGAUCCAAAUGAACCGACCUACUGCGUCUGUCAUCAGGUUUCUUUUGGAGACAUGAUUGCUUGUGACAAUGAGAAUUGUCAAGGAGGUGAAUGGUUCCAUUACUCAUGUGUUGGGCUCACACCAGAGACAAGAUUCCAAGGGAAAUGGUAUUGCCCAAUGUGUGAACCACUAUUUCCAUUGGCUUCAAAGGGGCUGUGAGAUGCUUGUUGCUGUCAUUCUUGGUUGAUGCACAAGUUGCUACAUUUGCUGUAUUUGAAUGUUGCUUCUGCAGGUCUUUGUUGCUGUACUUGGUAUUCUUCUCUAUGGGAAUAGAACCAGUGAAGAGUUUUGGGUUUUGUAAAGUGCUUAAUUAUAUAAUUGCUUUGAAUUUGCUUCAAGCAGUGUCAUUGGGAAGGGAGUUCUUGCUUGAAAGUUUAUAGAAAAUGUUUGAUACUC